AUGAAUGGUCAGGUCGUUGAACUGGACUUCUACGUCCUACCGACACCCAUGAUGAAGUAUCCGAUGUUGGGGCUGCCCGCACUCCAACAGUUACACGCCGCCGUCGACCUAGCCAGCGAAAGGCUCGCCACUCAUCACGGAGACCUACUACUGGUCCAAGAUCCCGACCUAGUGGUAUGCGAUUCCAGGGUGAGUGCCCUUCAAGAGGCCGAAGAGUCCUUCACUCUCAGCCAGAUCGAAGAGCGGAUUAACCCGUCACUGUCCGACAGUCAGAGGCAGGACAUACUCAAACUGCUCACAGCCUGCGACUCGACAUGGACGGCUACGAAGGUCGGACGUUGCAAGGUACUGGAACAUCAGGUCGACACAGGGGACAGGAACCCGCCAAGCAGGGCACCCGGUGAUGCUCACCGGGACAAAAGAAGGAAAUCCAACGACAGGUACAAGACCUGCUGGCCGCGGGGGCCAUCGAAGACUCAGACAGCCCAUGGAGGUCACAAAUAG